CAAACAUACUUUACACAACCACCAUCUUCACCAGCUCCGUUUUUUUUUCUAAAAAUAAAUAAAUUAUAAUCUUGGUAUUAACCCAUACCCAUCUUGACCCUAUAUCUCAUCGGAUCCUUACCCGUUUUCUCUCAAAUUUCAACAACCCCGCGUCGGAUCUUCUCGUUUCUCUCUAUCUUUUCCAAACUUUAAACCUUCCCGGAUCCUCUGUUCGGGCUCUGUGGGUUUCAAAAAGGCAAAGCUUAUCCAAGAAUCCAUACUUUGGCUAGUUUAAACCUAUUCAAUGGAGGUAUCAAAUGAGUUAGCGAUUAAGAAACCAAAGAGGUUGACAUCUGUGGUAUGGAAUCACUUUCAAAGGAUUAGGAAGGCUGAUGUAUGUUAUGCAGUUUGUGUGCAUUGUGACAAGAAACUCAGUGGGUCAAGUAAUAGUGGGACUACGCAUCUAAGGAAUCACUUAUUGCGAUGUCUUAAAAGAUCUAAUUAUGAUGUGUCACAACUGCUUGUGGCAAAGAAAAAGAAAAAGGACACUUCCCUUAGCCUUGCAAAUGUCAAUGUCAGUUAUGAUGAAGCACAAAGAAAAGAUGAAUAUAUUAAGCCCACGGUUAUGAAGUCUGAUCUUGAGCAGAGAAAAGAUGAAGUUAUUAGCCUUGGAAGUUGUAGGUUUGAUCAAGAACGGAGUCAGCUAGACCUUGCCCGUAUGAUUAUAUUGCAUGGUUAUCCAUUGACCAUGGUUGAGCAUGUUGGAUUCAAAAGAUUUGUGAAGAAUCUCCAGCCUUUGUUUGAGUUUGUACCAAAUAGCUCCAUUGAAGUCUCUUGUAUGGAGUUUUAUUUGAAAGAGAAGCAGAAAGUGUAUGAGUUGAUAAAUAGAUUGCAUGGAAGAAUUAACCUUGCUAUUGAAAUGUGGUCUUCUCCAGAAAAUGCUGAAUACAUGUGUUUGAUAGCACACUAUAUCGAUGAGGAUUGGAAAUUACAACAGAAAAUUCUAAAUUUUGUGACACUGGAUUCUUCUCAUACUGAAGAUGUGCUUUCAGAAGUGAUUAUAAAUUGUCUCAUGGAAUGGGAUGUUGAAUACAAGUUAUUUGCCAUGACCUUUGAUGAUUGUUCUGCUGAUGAUGAUAUUGUGCUCCGAAUUAAGGAUCGGAUCUCUCAAAACAGGCCUCUACUGAGUAAUGGUCAAUUGUUUGAUGUUCGCUCUGCUGUGCAUGUUCUGAAUUUGAUUGUUAAAGAUGCCAUGGAAACACUUCAAGAGGUGACUGAAAAGGUUCGAGGAAGUGUUAGCUAUGUUAAAAGUUCACAGGUAAUACAAGGGAAGUUCAAUGACAUUGCCCAGCAAAUUGGAAUCAGCAGUCAGAGGAAUUUGGUUCUUGAUUCGUCAACUCGGUGGAACUCAACAUACUCCAUGCUCGAAACAGUCAUAGGAUACAAGAGUGCAUUUUGUUUUUUGCAAGAGCACGAUCCAGCCUACACAUCAGCUUUAAGUGAUAUAGAGUGGGAAUGGGCCAAGUCCAUCACUGGUUAUUUGAAACUUUUUGUUGAAAUCACCAAUAUCUUUUCUGGGGAUAAAUGUCCAACAGCAAACAGAUAUUUUCCUGAAAUUUGUGAUGUUCACAUCCAGUUAAUUGAAUGGUGUAAGAACCCAGAUGAUUUUCUUAGUUCCAUCGCAUCAAAGAUGAAAGCCAAGUUUGAUAAAUAUUGGAGCAAGUGCAGUUUGGCUUUGGCAGUAGCAGCCAUCUUAGAUCCUCGAUUCAAGAUGAAAUUGGUGGAGUAUUACUACUCCCAGAUUUAUGGUAGUACUGCCCUGGAUCGGAUCAAGGAAGUUUCUGAUGGCAUCAAGGAGCUUUUCAAUGCAUACUCUAUUUGCUCAACUUUGGUUGAUCAAGGGUCAGCUUUACCUGGCAGCAGUUUACCUAGUACCAGUACUGACAGUAGGGACAGGUUAAAGGGCUUUGACAAGUUCCUCCAUGAAUCUUCUCAAGGUCAGAGUUCAAUAUCUGAUUUGGACAAAUACUUGGAAGAACCCGUCUUUCCUCGCAAUUGUGAUUUCAACAUAUUAAACUGGUGGAAAGUCCACACACCAAGGUACCCUAUCUUGUCUAUGAUGGCACGAGAUAUUCUGGGGACUCCCAUGUCAACUGUUUCACCAGAGUUGGCUUUUGGUGUUGGGGGCAGGGUUCUUGAUAGUUAUCGCAGUUCCCUUAAUCCAGACACUCGACAAGCUCUAAUAUGCACACGGGAUUGGUUGCGAGUGGAAUCAGAAGAUCACAAUCCAUCUUCUGCUUUAGCGCUUUAUGUUGAAGCGAAUUAGUCUGUCCAUGGUUAGUGGAGGGCUAUCUUGAACUCAAGUGCCAUAUGAUGGUACCUGAUUGUUUUGCUACGCCUACGCCUCCAGAGUUUGGUGUAGCAUGGUUAAAAGUUUCUCCUCAAUGUUCAUAUUGCAGUGACUAGAUUGCUUCUUGGGUACAAUCGCUUCAUCAAGAAAGCUUAAAUGUACAUUUUGAGGACAGUGACUAAAAUGUUUAAAGGGCAUGUUGAAGGUAUCCUCUGCUUGAAUUUUAAGAAUUUAAGCCUCUGUUGUGCAGAUCUCUGAUUCUUGGAAAUUUACAUUUAGUGGAUGAUCUUGGUACAGUACUUUCCAACUUUUCAUCUUCACAGAUUAUGUUCUCUUGUAUGAAUUCAGUGAUUUUGAGUUUCGACAGAUUUUGUUACCUAAUGGAUGGCGUGGUGAAAACCCUUGUUUUCACAAUGUA